AUGCCUUCUCAUUUCUGGCCUGUAGGCCAACCUUUUGACAUAUGUAGUGCCUUCAAUCGUCUCUUGCAGGACGAGCAAGUGUCAACCCCCCUUGCUGCGAUCCUUGCUCUCGCGGAAUUAAUGGAACAUUCUUCUGCGGGGACUAUGUUUGAAUUGGUGAAAGAACUCAAAGCCGGUGCCGAGAAUCUCAAGAAACAAUCGUCAAAUUACAUCAGCUUGAAUGCGGGCUGCGAGCUGUUCAUCGAGUUUGUCACUUUGUUCCCCCAUGACGCGUCCAGUUUCUCAGAGCUCAAGACCGAACUGAUACGGCAAGGGCAUCAGUACGUCACUCAGGCGCUUAGUUAUCGCGCAAAGAUUGCAGAGCUUGCAUUCGACUUUAUAAAGGAUGAUUCGGUGAUACUUACACAUUCGUAUUCGAGAGUCGUGAUGCAAACGCUGUUAUGGGCUCAUAAACGGAAGCGAAUAUCAGUCUUCGUUACAGAGGCAAGACCCCGUGGCCUAGGCAUUAAGACCGCAGAAAAUUUAAUGGCUGCCGGAAUUCCUACUACCGUGAUUCUUGAUUCUGCAGUUGCGUAUUGCAUGGACAUGGUCGAUUUUGUUCUCGUUGGAUCCGAAGCUGUGGUCGAGAGUGGCGGACUCAUUAAUGCUGUCGGCAGCAACCAGAUAGCAAUCAUUGCAAAAGCCGCGAAUAAACCCUUUUACGCUCUCGCAGAAAGCUACAAGUUCCACCGGCUGUUCCCAUUGUCGCAAUAUGAUCUGCCAAGUCAUACUCCGGACCUACUUUCCUUCUCUCUACCCAAGGGUCGGCACCUUCGCAACUCGUCCGUUAAUCCGUCUCCGAAACCGUUAUUUGUCUCCGGCGGAUCAACUUUGGAGUCAUCAGCCCUCGAAGAUGUGAACACCUCGGAUUCUGCCGCAAAGAUCAAGAUCAGUCAAGAACAAAUCGCCCGAAAUAAUCCAAGUGUAGAUUAUACCAGACCCGAUCUCAUCUCGCUGGUGUUCUCGGAUGUAGGCAGCUUGACUCCGGAGGGAGUAAGUCAGUACCUUGUCGGAAUGUUCGCAGGGUAAUCGAGUAUAUUCCAAUUUCUUUUGCUGCAUUCCAAAGCCUCCGCCGUUCUGGACUCUCUGAGUGAACGGACGCCUGCGUUCUGAAUGUGGGACACUGUCUACAGUAGGUGCCGUACUUUCCUUCGGGAAAGAUCACAAGAGCAAAUUCGAAGUGAUGCAACUAGCAUUGGGGGUGGUCCCUUGGCCCCUUGGGCAUUAGUCGUCGAUCAGACGAAAUCGGCGAUUGACGAAAAACAAACACUCGGGGUAAAGAAUUACAGUAUCGGAUUGUUGGAUAACCAAGUCGACGUCGGGUACCUGUUUCGUUCUGUUCCGACACGCGGAAUCCACAAGAACUGU